GGGGUAUCUUCUCUAAAUGAACCGGUAACCGGAAUGAAUCAGGUCAUCAGGUCACCUAUCCAUGUGUCUAAUUCUGAUUGGCCUUUAUACAUUUUCAUUUUUUGCUUUCACUUCUUUUCUUUUUAUUUCUUUCCUCAAAACUGCAGCUCCCUCGAUCCCUCCUCUCGAUCUUUGGAUCAGCUCGCCGCUCCCCGUCUACCCCCUUUCUUCUUCUUCUUCUUCUUCUUCUUCCGAUCUGCACUACUCCUCCCCACCUUAUUCUUUUGGGAUUCAUCAAAAUACUCUCCUUCACCCAGUUGUACUUUGUCGCCGGCCCUCCAUCCAUCCCAACGUCGCCAUCCCCCGGUCAUCCAAGCUGGGCUAGUUUCCAUGAUUCGUAGGUCGACU